AUGAUUCAUGUGAAGGUUCGCGUAUUCACAUUUCCAUCUGACCCCCAAAAACAGAACUCAUAUGUCGUAGGAUCUAUUGAGGGUGGUCAUCUUCCGGUUGUGGGAACGAUCUUAAUCGACGACAAAGAAGCUACCACAAUUACUUUUACUCAGUUACGGCAACGCAUUGAGCUGUUACAAGUCAAGGAUGAGAUUCGACGAAGUGCCAUGUUUCAAGAGGUUUUAGCAUUCAUUGCAACGUCGCCGAACUCGCACAGCUGGCCACAAAAAUUUAUGCAGACCUAUUGGUUUGGCUACUUCGCCGACGAAGGCGCUUGCGUCCCUCACAUCAUUACGGCCGCUGACGAGAUACGCCCAGUUAGUCAGUUCACAAACAUGGCUACGUCUAAACAAAUUUGCGAUUUGAUCCUCGUUCCUCAAACGCAAAUUGGUCCUGUUUGUCAUCAGUGCUGCCAAAGCUGCAAAGUUUGCCUAACACUUAAAAUGUAA